UGUUGCGCUAAUGACGUCAUGCAUAGUUCAAGAUCGCUCACAUAGCGAAGAUGAGAAUCGUAUAACAUCUGUAUAGCGCAAGAAAUUCGUUGUUUGUGUUUGUUUGGAAUGUGGAAGAGGUGUGUUUGCGGUUGUGUACAGUGACGUAUGACUUUCGAAUGUUAUGUUGCUUUGAUUUCGGUCGAAGGAGUUGUCACGAAUGCGAUCUGCUGAACGUCUAGUUUACUUUUGCAAUAGCAUUUAGGAACGUUUGUUGGUAACAAUACGAAUGCUGGUCACGAAGUUGAUUACAGGUUUUUAAGGGUCGUAUCGAUGUUCGAAGAAUCACUAGACAUAUUUUUUCUGACACCUGAACCACAGUAAUUUUGAUAAUGUUUACAAAUGACCUGUCAGUUCGCAUGUCCCGUUAGUCAUAAAAAGAUUUUGUUAUUUGUUGUGGCAUGGUGUUACUAUUCACUGUUCAAAAUUACGCAGAAACGUCAACGUUACGAAAAUGAGAGCUCGUGUGAAACAAAAAGUAAUCCUGCAACCAUUUGCGACAUGUAUUUGUACAUUAAUCAUUUCCGUGCUGUCUGUUCAAGCUGCACAUCAGUCACUCCCAUGCGACAAGUCUCGUAAGGUUUAUUCAAAUUCAUGGGGUGUAAUCACACAUGGCCCAUCGGGAUCCAACUACACGCAAGACUCACAUUGUGAAUGGCUCAUUAAAGCAAAUAGCAGUCAUCAGUUCAUUACAUUGAACUUUAAGACAAUGGGUACAGAAUGUUCAUACGAUUAUAUAUUUGUAUAUGAUGGUGAUUCCUUCCAGUCAACUCUCCUGGGAAGUUUUAGUGGAAAAACAGAACCACAACAAAUAACUGCAUCAUCUGGUGCUAUGCUAAUUCUACUCUACAGUGAUGCAAAUUAUGUGCUGGAUGGUUUCCGUGCUGAAUACUCAAUUACUGAUUGCCCAAACAAUUGUACAAGGCAUGGAGUAUGUGUUGGACAUAUGUGCGUCUGUGAGGCUGACUGGCGUGGUAAAGACUGCAGUAAGGAACUAUGUCCUGAUGAAUGUGGAAGCAAAAGACAGAGGGGCCGCUGUGACCAUGGGAAAGGCUGCAGCUGUCAUCCUCAGUACUCUGGAGAAGCUUGCAGCUUAGAUAAAGCUGAUAACAAAGGCAACAGGUGGCAUUGGCUGUCACGUGCGGAAUCUGGAUUCUCUGCUCGGGCUGCACAUACAGCAGUUUAUUACAAUGAAACAGACUCCCUUUAUGUAUUUGGAGGUUACGAUCUGAAUAAAGUGUUGGGUGAUAUGGUGGUCUAUAAAUUCAAAGCAAGUCACUGGGAAGAUGAAUAUGGAAAUGUGAUAGAUGGAACAUCUACACUUAAAUUACUUAGCCCACAACAGUUGAAAGAGGUUGUUCAUGCAGGAAAGGAGGAGCUGUGGGCCCUGCAACAAAGGAAUUCUUUUCUUGGCAAUAUUUUGCUUGCUAUAUCAGAAAAUUCAACAAUAAUUUCACAUCCUCAACCACCAAGAGAAAUAUCAAGACACCGUGCAAGAUUGGGUAGGGAUUUAAGGCAUCUUCUGAGAAUGGAAAGAGAUACUUCCAGUGGCCCUUCAGACAGUGAUAAUAAUGGAAAUGAGGAAAUUGAUAAUAUGAGAACUGCGAACUUAUAUGAUGGCAAGGAGAGUGUUCUCACAUCAGUAGCAGAAGAGCAGCCUCUUCAUAAGAUUCCUGGGUUUGAAGAGUACAUUGUAACGGAUGCCCACACACGGGAUCAAAAGCCUCACUUUCCUGUGAAGCCAUCAGCAAGAUACGGUCAUGCUGCCUGUGGGUAUCCUGGAGGCUUCGUCCUUUUUGGUGGAAAACUUGCUACAGGGGAGCUCUCCAGUGAGCUGUGGUACUACAAUGUGAAACAACGCAACUGGUCACUCAGGGCAUUCGAUUCAACAAUAACCCCACCAAAAUUAACUCGCCAUACAGUUACCCAUGAUACAAGGAGAAACUACAUAUAUCUGUUUGGUGGAAGUACAGAAAAUGGAGAAUUUUCGUCAAAACUUUUCAGCAUAAAACUGAAUUUUGAUAAUCCAGAAGAUGAACAGUGGUCUGAGAUACAUGCACGUGGUGGAAAGGAGCUAGAUGUCCGAAUGGUUGCACAUACAACUGUAUACCACCCACAAACAAACUCUUUGAUUGUCUAUGGAGGCAUUGUGGUAGGUGUUGCUCGUUUCUCAAAGCUGAGUGAUAGAAUGUUUUCCUUUCAACUGGAUAGCAAGCAUUGGUCAGAGGUUCAUUACCCUCGGGCCCAUCUCCGUGACACCUAUGUUCCACGGGAGAGAGCAUUUCAUACAAGCACUAUUAUAGGAAAUUAUCUGGUUGUGUUUGGAGGAUAUUCUCAUCGCCAUAACAAAGAGGAAAUUUGCUAUGACAGUCACAUGUACUUAUACCAUCUGGGCUGUCAUACUUGGGUUAGCCAUGAUAUUUUAGGUGUGAGUGACAAAGCCCAAGACUACCGUUAUCCUAAGCAACAAGGUGUUUUUGCUCAUGCAGCAGAUGUUAGGAAUGGAAAUACAUUGCUUAUUGUUGGUGGUUAUCAUGGAAAUGUGAAUGCUGAUCUUUUGGCUUAUGUCUUACCACCAAUGCUGGCCAGCAGGGAAGGUGAAACUUAUGAAGCGGAACAAGUAUGUGGCAGACAUCGAAGUUUCAUGGAAUGCACAGCAAAUCCAGAAUGUGGUUGGUGUUCAGCAGAUGAAGUGUGCUAUGGUCGAACAAUUGGAAUAAACUGCACAACAAAUCUACAAACAACUCGUUGUCCAGGGAUAUGUCCAGCUUUGGGAGACUGUCAUUCCUGCUUGAUACAUGGAACAAUGACAAAUCCAAGUGAUCAGAUACCAAAUAAUCAGUAUUCAUCUGCUGCACCAGUAUCAUCUGUUGCCUCUAAGUUAAAUCUUGGUCAGUGUACUUGGUGUGUCCAGAAUGCUCGCUGUCACCACAAAGAUGAUAAUUUUGGUGUUUGCGGGCUGAGAGAGGACACACCAUCCCAAGUUCCUGGCUGGUGGGGACCGAAGGGUACGGAGAUAAAAAGAGUUGAAGAAUGUCGAGAACUGGACAGAAGACCUGGACUAACUUUCCUUAAAUAUAAGCACCCCGCCAACUGGUCACAGCCUGACUCGGUUACAAUAAUAAAUGCAACUACUGUUGAUUUCAAUAUGGUUGCUACUAACACACUAAUGGAGAAAAAUUUAGAUGGAGAAAUAAUUGCAAGAUUAUUAGGAUUUCUUCGUCCACCAGAUGUUUGGGGUGAUGGAAAAGAGACAUUGCGCAUGUGUGCUAGUUAUUCAUCAGCCGUUUUGCGAAUGUCUCGUGGAAAUGUUUCUUCUGAAAAUAUGCUGGAUGUGGUUGGGAACUUGACAGCUGAUGCUUCCCAGUGCGUCACUGCACAAUGGCAGAAUGGGACCCCUGCUGUGCUUUAUCCAGGUCGUUAUUUGGUGGAUUUUGAAUCAAGGAACAACGUGAGCAAUGGUCCUCAUCAACAAUCAAAAAUGGAACUUCUGCAUAAUAAAAGUCAAGAAAAUGCUAAGGUAUUCACAUUUGAUUAUUUAGAACCAUAUGAGAAUGGCUCUUGCCAUUUAUAUACAAACUGCUUACACUGUUUGGAAGAUUCCCUUUGUGGAUGGUGUGAUUUAAACCAACGAUGCAUGUCAAGAAAGUCAAAUGAGUCAGAAGAAUGUGUAUCCCCCGCAUUGCCAAAUGAAUGGCGCUACCUUACUCUGCUUCCAUCAAGUUGUGCCAAUUGCUCGAACUAUAUUUCCUGUGAAAGUUGCGUUAGCAGUGGCCUUUGUGAAUGGUGGACAGAGGAUGCCCGCUGUGCAAGGAAAGGGAGAUCACAAGAUGCUGUGAUACAGCUGUCAGAGUGUCCUAUGCCCUGCCACCUGCGAAGAAACUGUUCUCAGUGUUUGGAUGACAGAGGGCGAUGUGUGUGGUGUGAAACAAAACAGGAGUGUUUCUCAUUUUCUAUAUAUACCUCUGAGUAUCAGUUUGGACAGUGUCGGGAGUGGGUGGACCAAGUUUAUGUGUUGGCACCUAAUCCUCAAGGACGUGGAAGGCAUGUGGGACUACAAAGCAAUAAUCAGUGCAAGUCUUGCAAGAGGCACACAAACUGUUCCAGUUGUUUACAAAGUUUGGGUUGUGGAUGGUGCUAUAGCCAGGAAAACCCCAUUUUGGGAGUGUGUGUUGAGGGAGAUUUUAGCCAUCCCCAUAUUGACUCCUGCUCUGCUGCAGUAAAUUUGUAUCAUAACACAACACUAGAUAUGAAUGGAACAAGAUGGUCAUAUGCAAUGUGCCCUGACGUGGAUGAAUGUGAUUUGGGACUCGAUGAUUGUCAUCCAAAUGCUGAAUGUACAAAUACACAUGGUUCCUACACUUGCAAGUGCAAACAAGGAUUUAUAGGAGAUGGGAUUCAUACCUGUGUAAAGACUUGUGACAGUGAUUGCAUCCAUGGGUACUGUGGUGGUCCUCCAGAUUAUGUCUGUAAAUGUGAGCUUGGCUGGACAGGUGAAGACUGUGGUAUUAAUUGUGGUUGCAACAAUCACUCUACUUGUUUAGAAGGUGUUGGGAAAUGUGACAGUUGCCAUGACUGGACUGAAGGAGAAUUUUGUCAGUUUUGCCGGCCAGGAAGUUAUGGUAACGCAACCAGUAGUGGUUGUCAGUUAUGCAAUUGUAAUGAGCACGGGAACUAUAGUAAAGGAAUAUGUGAUCGUCAGACAGGCGAAUGUUUUUGCCAAGACAAUACAGAAGGUCAAAAUUGUGAAAGAUGUAAGAAGGGCUAUUAUGGUGAUCCAAGACAUGGAGGCAUGUGCUAUUAUGAGUGUGCAUCUCGGGGAAUGCUCACUGGAUUAGAAAGUCAAGGAUUAGGCAGCCGUCUUGGACAACUAACUCCAUGGGAACAACGCCAACGUACUAUACCAAUUCAUGAAUGCCUGUGGAUUGUAAGCCCAUUUGAUGUUCAGAACAAGUCUGUAACCUCUCAUCCAAGCCAGUCCAGUGUGGUGCAGUUUACAAUCCAUGAUGAUAUUAAUGUCAGCUGCCAGGAAAAUAGCAUUUAUGUUUAUGAUGGUUUACCAGAUUUCAUGUCAGCAUCAGGCAGCCAUCAGAAUCAUGUACUGGGAGUAUUUUGCUCAGCAGAUACAGAAUACCCUGUAACUGUUGAGGCAAAAUCAGGUAUUUUAACAGUUUAUUAUAAGCAAGCUGACUUGUCAGAGGGAUUUAAUGCCAGUUACACAGUGAUGACAUGUGAGAGAGACUGUAGUGGAAACCAUACUUGUCAUAAUGAUCAGUGUGUUUGUAAAGAUGGCUGGACUGGAUCUAACUGUUCCAUUGUCAUGUGUCCUCGAAACUGUAGUGCCAACAAAAGUCAAGGUGUUUGUGACAAAGCAUACGGUCAGUGUAUAUGCAGUGCAAAUUUUGGCGGCGAGGACUGUUCUGUGGAGCUAAAUAAUACACAACUAGUGUUUACACAACUGUUUGACACUAAUCGAAUAUCUGAUAGUUUGGAGCAUUUACGAAAAACUAUUCCACGCUUUGGCCAUAGUGUAGUGGCAGACAGGAGAGGUUCAUUGUGGAUGUUUGGAGGCUAUUCACUAUCUAAUGGACCACUUAAUGACAUCAGAUUGUUUGAUACAAGGAACAAUACAUGGAUACCUGUCACAGUAGAUUCCACCAGAGAUGUAAAUAUGCCACAGGGCCGCUAUUUUCAUGCAGCUGAAAUUGUGCACACAACCCAAGACAUUUAUGUAUAUGGUGGCUUAGCAGAAAAGGAACAUGUAACAGGCUUAUCACGAAACGUAUUGAAUGAUUUUUGGAAAUUCAGCCUUAAGAACCAAAGAUGGACUGAUAUUAAGAUUGAAAAAUGUCCACCUCCACUUGCUGGCCAUACACUGACUUUGCACCGUGGACUCUCAAGUGAGUCUGAAAGCUUGGUGUUGAUUGGAGGAUUCAACCCCAAAUAUGGAUUUAUGGAUGUCAUUUGGGAAUACGAUAUUGGUUCAAAUAUAUGGAACAGCCUGAAUACUUCAGGAAGUGGACCCAUAGGAAUUUAUGGCCAUAGUACUGUAUACCAUAACCCAACAGAAAGCUUCUAUGUAUUCGGAGGCUAUAUAUUUGAUUUCAACAGCUCAUUUAUAUCAAGUAAGCUCUACUCUUUUCAUUAUCCAUCACAGAAGUGGUCAGUACUUCCAACCUUUGAGGGUUAUAAUCCAGCAUCGGACCUCUUGCCUCGGGCAAGAUUUUUACAUUCUGCUAUUACAACUGAUGACUAUAUGAUUGUAUUUGGUGGAAGAACAAAUCCACACAAUACCACAGAUUCGCUUAUGGCAUACUCAUAUAUAUGCAACUAUUGGAUCAGAUUAUUGGCUAAAGAUGUUCAUGUAGUCGGUUCCCCUCCACCAGCCACAUAUGCUCACGGUAUGACAUAUGACCCUGAAAAUGGCGCAGCAUAUGUAAUUGGUGGUUUUGACGGAGGAGUGCAAAGUGUCGUAAUAAAAAUUGUAUUUCCCAGAGAUCUCUGUAACUUGUGGACAAGUAAGGACAGAUGUAUUACAUCUGUGGGUUGUUCAUACUGUGAAGUGGCACAUAAGUACGGAGAAACUACUUCAGUGUGUUAUUCAAACAGCCAGCCACUUGCUGACAGUUGCGAGAGCUCCAAUGGCACUAUUAAAACCAACAAUGGUGUUGUGUGUAAUGCAGAGUGGUUUGCAGGAAGAACAUGUGAGCAGUAUCAAAGCUGCACCGACUGUCUUGCAAAGUGGCCUAGCUACUCCACAGAAAUGAAGGUAUGUGGUUGGUGUGCAAAUUGUAAUUCUCCAAAAUGUGGAGCAGUGGAGGACUUAGAGGACAAAAAAGACACCAAAGAAAGAAUUACUGAUGUUGAACAGUGUCCAGAGAAAAUGUGUCCAGCAUCUGACUGUGAAAAGUGCCUAGAUACAGGUUCAUGUAUCUGGACUAGACAGGUGCAGCAACAUUCUGAUGAUUUCAGAGCAUUAGUGAAUCAGGAACCUAUUUUUAACUGGAGUUGUGUGCCUGAUAGUAUUCCCAAAAGGUCGUCCAUAAAAAUUGAGUCAGCUCCACCAGCUUCGUGUCCGAAUCGCUGCAGUGAGUACAAGGAUUGUCAGAGUUGCUUGAACACUACAGGAUCUGAAGGUGGAUGGCACGAAUGUCGUUGGUCAGUGCAACUUAAUGAGUGUAUUUCCCCUAGUUACCAACCUCUGUACUGUGCUGGUGGUGUAUGUGGUCUGGUAUUAAGAGGUGAUGACAUUGAUCAAUGUCCAGAACAGUGUUCUUCAUUCACACAGUGCUCAACUUGUCUGAAGCAUGCACAUUGUGGGUGGUGUGCUCUUUCAAUGAGUAAUGUCACAGGGCUUGGAGUGUGCACUGAAGGAUCCCUUGACAGUCCUUCAGAUAGACCUUCCCAGGAAACAUGCCGUGCACUCUACUAUAAGCAGCAAGCUGAAAUGUCAGAACAGUUGGGCCUGAACAGCUCUUCGGUGAUAUUGGCAAGCAAAAAUGCAUCUGACUGUUCAGAGGAUGACCUAGAUUGCCCUACAUUUUCAUGGCAUUAUGUGAAAUGUCCUCCAGAGAAUGAGUGUCUAAAUAACCACCAUACAUGUGACAAUAAGUCAGAGAUAUGUGUAGAUGCUGUGGAAGGAUUUACUUGUGUAUGUGGACAAGGAUAUAAGGAAGAAAGAUCUACAUGUGUACCCGUAUGCUCUAAAGGCUGUGUUAGAGGUGUGUGUGUUGAGCCCAAUAUCUGUCACUGUGACUUUGGUUAUGUUGGAUCAAACUGCAGCAUUCAGUGUCAGUGCAAUGGACAUUCAAACUGUGCUGGACCAGACAGACUUGAUGAAUGUAUUGAAUGUCAUAACAAUACACAGGGACGUCAAUGUGAAAAGUGUAAGCCUCUUUAUGUUGGUGAUCCAACAAAUAAUGGCCAGUGUGUGCCUUGUUAUGAAUUCUGCAAUGGACAUGCCGAUAUAUGCGUUGACGUUAAUAUGGCGACAAAGGUAUUUCGUCCGGAUCAUGAGCUACGAUAUCUCCUUGAUCAAUUACAUGAAGGUCCAACAAAUUUAGCUAAAUGCAUAAAUUGUGCAAAUAACACAACAGGUGACCGAUGUGAUGAAUGCAUAUACGGUUAUUUCAGAGGAUCCACAGAUGCUUCUGUAGCUUGUCGGCAAUGUGAGUGCCAUGGUCAUGGAGAUACAUGUAAUCCAGUAACAGGAGAAAAAUGCAAUUGCCAAGAUAAUACUGAGAGUGAUGUGUCAAACUGCAUUAGCAACAUUGGUAGUCUUGGUAAAACUAGCCCAAGUCAACAAGGCCAACCACCUCCAUGUUGGACGCAACAGUGCACAAAAUGUAAGGAGUCAUAUAUGGGGACACCUAAAGACGGUCACCAGUGCUAUAAGCACAUGCUUGCAGACUCACAGUUCUGCUUUGAUGCCAAACAAGUUGAAGAAUGCAGAAUGAAGCCUCACCCUCUGAAGCCAGGAAAGGUGUCGUUUUUUGCUAUACAACCAAAAUUUCUGAAUGUGGACAUACGUGUCAUUGUAGAUGUGACUCAAGGAGCUCUAGAUUUCUUUCUCAGUGCAAGUGAAAAAACUUUCAUUGUGAGGAAUAUCAGUGGAGAACAGAAGGUUGACCUGGACAAACUAUUCCAAUACUCAUUAGUGGAUACCACUGAUAACGCAGCAACUGAAAUAAGAAUGCUUGAUGAUCCACUGCCAGUUUACACUGCAGAAGUGAUUCGAAAUAAUCUUUGGCGAAAGCACAAACUUCUCAUUCUUGAAGCUCUUCCAGAAAGUCUUACAACAUAUAUAACAGUGACAGAGAAAAAUACAAUAUUAAUUGUGCGUAAUGUACAUAACAGAUUGGUCUUAACAUUGCCCCAAGAUAGCCAUGAGCUCAACAUGACAAAGUUUUACAUGGCUCUUGUUGCAAGCACAUCUGGGAACAAUACUUCCAAUGUCGCAUAUGGUACAAUAUUUUUCAGACAAGACCAACUUCACAUAGACUUAUUUGUUUUCUUUUCGGUCUUUUUCUCUUGCUUCUUCCUCUUUCUUGCUGCCUGUGUUGUAGCGUGGAAAGCCAAACAAGCAGCGGACUUACGACGGGACCGCCACAGACACGCUGUUGAAAUGUUACACAUGGCGAAAAGGCCAUUUGCAUCUGUUACUCUACUUCUGGAUUCUCUAAAUGAUGACAGUGACCAGCUGCAGAUGCUGCCAUCUCCUUCAUCAGCACAGUCACCUCAUAGGAGGAGGUUGCGGAAGCAGCCACCUGUUACUGUGGGAGACGUAAGACCAGUUGCUGUUGAACCAACAGAUGAUGGUGUCGCUGCUGUUGGGACACUGUUUGUUCAGCUCCCAGGGGGAUCUGAUGCACCUGUUCGUUUAGCAUUAGCAUCAUCACUUAUUCUUCUCGCACGUGUUUAUCCUUUAAAUGGAAGAGCAUUUCUUAGGCGCAGAAGUAGUCAUGCACCGACAUAAGAUGUAUAACAGUAUUUCUUACAAUUUGCAGAAUGUAGUGUACACAGAUCAGAACCCGUGCAGUAAUUUUCAAAUACAUAUCCUCUGUACCAAAGGACUCACAUUCUUCCUCAUGUCCAUUCCAAACAUUUUGUUUGAAACAGCAAGUAUUAUUACAGAAGUUAUAGUUGUGUGGCCUGCUAGUUUUUGGGUUUGAGUAAUCAGUAAGCUAUGCACAAAGUAUUUGUAAGACCUGUGACUGUUAAACAAAAUAUGUGUAAUAAUGCUGGAGCACUUCUGUUCCUUAAGUUCAGGUUAGGAAUAAAAGCAACUGAAUGCAGAGAAAAUGUUGCAUGUUUAAAUUUUGUUGUGAGAUGGUCAUCAUAAAAAUUCUGGAAUUAAUAUGUACAUUUUUGAAUUGUAAAUAAGAUAACUCCCACAACUACUUAAAUAAUGAAAUGAAACAUGCAUCUGCUUUCAAAACUUGUUAGAUAUGUAGGUUAGUAUCUAAUGAAAAGGCAAGCUCUCUGUGUUAUUUUUUUCUGAUUAGUGAUGGUACCUAUAUUAGUAAGAUUAUUCUAUAAUCAUUUUCUCCAUAUUGAGAUUCUGAGUCACUCCACCACUGUAUGGUAGCUGGUGAACAGAACAGUCCAUUUGCAAACAGUUUUAGUAAGAACGACCAGUUUUGACAGUAAAGAAUGUCAUUUAAAGCAGCGACAGAUACCUGAAUAAUAAAUAAGCAACAAUAUGUGAGUAAUAAAGUGUAAGGGAGAUAAUCAAACAAAGGAAAAUCCAGGAUGAAAUAAUGACAAUAUUAUGAAAAGGAUGGAUUGAUACUCACCAUAUAGGCACAGCAAAAAGACUUUCAAACUAGUAAGCUUUCAGCCAGAAAGACCUUCACUGGAAUUAGAGAAAAAAACACACACAAAUGCAAAUGCAACUCUCACAAACAUGACCACAAUCGUGGGCUGCUGUUUGCUGUCUUGACCUCGGCAGCCAGAGACUGUGGUCAUCUGUGUGUGAGCUGCUUUUGCAUGAGUGUGUGUAUAAGUGUUCUCUAAUUCCGAUAAAGGCCUUUCUAGCCAAAAGAUUGAUUGUUUGACAGCCUUUUUGUUGUGCUUAUUUGUGACUCAGGAUCCUGUCUAUAUGGUGACUAGCAAUCUAUCCUUUUCAUAAUUUUACUAUAAGGGAGAUUAUAUUACAUAAUCUGAAUAACAUGCUUUUAUUAAUCUACAAAAUACGUAGACUCAGUAAAGUGCCAGUAACUAAUAUUCUGAAAGUAAAUGAUAGUCAAAAUAGCUUGUAGGGAGGGGGGAAAAAUGCAACUGGUGAGCUGUAAUGUUCUAACAAGAAAUAAUGGUAAUAAGCUUACUAGUUAUGAUAUUAAGAUCUAAGUCAAGACUGUAAUAGAAAGUGAGAAUACUCACAGAUUGAAGUAAUUGAUAGUUGCUAACCUUCGAAGAAUCGGAUUGGCUUGGGUGAUGGGAGAUGGAGAUGAAUUACUACAAUGAAUUUCUGGCCCUCUACUGUAGUCUGGGCAACUUGUAGGUUGUAACGUAUUAUGUCAGUCAUAUGGUGCACUGUAAUUACCCUUACACUCUCUUAGUCAUUCCAUGCAACAAGUAUUCUCUAUUUGUUAUUCAAGUAUCUAUUGUCACCUUAAACUAAUUUUUUUAAGGUCAAAACUGAUUAUGUUUAAUCAAACUGUUUGAAAAUGGAACUACCCUAUUCAUCAUUUUUUACGUAAUACUCAAAGCUAUUGCUUCUUGUUGUGUCCAUUGGAUUCCUUUUUUAUUUUUGUUAUUUGUACAAUUUAAGGUGCUGUUAUUGAAUCUUGGUUGUAGAAGAUUACUUAUGAACCUGUUAGUUAAUGUCUUGUUCAGACUGACAGUAUCUGACUGCAGAUUUUGUAGGAGAGUCAUUUAUGUAAUGACUUUAUCUUUAAUGGCAGAGCAUCACUCCUGCUGCUAGUAAAGUUAGUGGUGUGAUUACAGAACUGUUGCAAACCUAUGAAGAGAACUGAUUAGAUAGAUACUGAAAAAAUUUUGUACUAUUCUCAAUUGGGUAAGUACUGACGUUGGUAUAGGAGCAACAGAAACAUAAGAUAGACAAUGAUUAAACUUGAACUUAUGAAACAGAAGGUUCAUUUCUCAGGCUUUACGACUGAAAUGUGAUUGUAAUAUGUGUCCAAAGUUGACAAAGAUAGUAGGAAGGAAAUUAAUUACCCUAGACCUCUGUGCAACAACAUAAUGGAAGAAAAUAGAUUGCAAAUAUUUUAAUGAAAUUUACAAAAGUGGGAGCUGUUGAUAAGCACAAAGGGCAGAUAAUAAUGGUGAGAUAAUAGAUUGAAAACAAAUGCAGAUAAACUGUUGUUCCUUUGCAUCAGCACAAUUUUCAGUGACAUCCUAACAGUUCUGUUUUCCACAGCUACUCUUAAUCUUGUGCAUUAAUAGCUUUCUCAGCAACAUCUGAUUAAAACUGUCGGUGGGUGGGCGGGGAACCAGCUGUGUAGCUGCCAAUGGAAAAUUUUCUCAUAGACAUAAUAUUAUCUCUGACAUGAUAAUUUUUAAUGUGACUGAUCUCUGCAAUGAGAGCCAUCCUGCAUACCUCACUUGACAUAUAUCACUAACUUCAGUUGUUCCCCAGACACAAUUCACAGCCAUGCAUUUGCAGGAAGAUAUCUCCCGCACAUACAGGUUUUCAUGUGAUGAAUUUCUACUGUCUCCUAUUGCAAAUCAUGUAAGAUAAAGAAUGUGCUCCGCAUUGCAAAUAAAUGGUUCAUGAUGACUGUCAUUCUGUUUGGGCUACAUUGAUCUCCUCAUUCCAGGACUAAUGUGCUGAGUUUUAAGCAUAAGGAUUGAUUGUCACCAUCUUCCAUGACCUUUUUCAACAGUAGCAUCAUCCAUAUUACUUCUUUAUUAAAAAAAAUCUUUGCUACUUCCAAUUAACUUUUCUUACAUCCAACUUUUUAUGCUCUCCCAAAAUAAAUUUUUUACUCAUUUCACAUACAUCUGCAGCUAUACAUCUCUCUCAUCCAUUGCAUUUCAUAAUUGGCAAUCUUUGCUGUCUUCACUACCCACAUGGGGGUAUGAACUACUUUGAAAUUGUCAUGCUCAUUGCUCUAACAUGUUUAUCCCCUGUCUCCCAGCGUUUUUUUUUUUAAUCCAGAGAAUGAAUCUUCUGUUGCAGAUCAAAGAUGUAUCAUUAUUAGUUACAUAUCUUAUAUUUUCUCAGUAUAAUUGUGUUACAAUUCCCGAGUUCAUAAAUUAGAACGUUACUUCAGAUCUCAGUUAUACGAAUAUUUUUUGAAUCACCAGGUCACUUGUUGUGUCUUCUUGUUUAAAAUACAACCAGUUUAAAUGUAUUGCCAGGUAGGAUUAAAAGGAGAAUUGAUCUUUUGUCAGGCAGCUGUAAUCAGAUAUUUGUGUGUUAAUAACGGCAAUCUACUUCUAUUAAAAUAACAUUGUCAUUGACUUUUACUGAGUUCAAGGGAGCAGUUAACUGUACUCUUUCUUGAGCACUACAUGCUCACUGUGUUGCUGUUUUGCAGAGCUUUGCGAAAUUUGGCUGCCUGCACACUAGCACAACUGUCUCCCACCACUGUUGUCAAUCACUAAGCUAUUUAAGCUGUAGUUGCUGGCAACCAUUCCACGUAAGUGUUGUAAUGUAAUGUUAAUUUAUUAAUUGUGGUGUACCUUUUCUUUAUUGUUGUAACAAUUCGUUUUAACGUAGUUCUUUAAAGGCCUUUUCUCUUGUAUAGAUCUUGAUAUAUUUUGUAUGUGUCUGUAAGGUGAUCUGACUAUAAGUAUUCUGAAAGUUCAGCCUAAAGAUUUCAUCGGAAAGAGACAAUACACUUGGAAUUGGGUUACUCCUUGAGUGUUCCUCUUGACUGAUGAUUUUUCAGCUGGUAUUCAGCCAGAAACAUCAUCUAGCAGUGUGCUAUGUUUCCUCCUCAUUCUGCUUUUCUGAAAAAUAAGAAAUUUACUAGGCAUUCCUGAAAAAAACUGGAAAAUCACUUUGUUACUUUUCUUGAAUUUUGUAAAUAUUGUAAAUCUAUGUAAUAUUUCUUUUUUAAAAUAUGAUGAUAAAGAGAAAACGCAAUAAUAGUAGCAGCAAUUUUUAAGGAAGACUAAUAAGGGAAAACAAAAAGAAAGAUGGUGUUCACGUUUAUAAAUACUAUCUUUAUAGAAUUUGCGAUCAAACUUCUGCAAAUUAUGUUAUCAUUUCUGUCUCUCCAAGACAAACACACACAAAAUUAAUCUGUUCAAACAAAGCAUGAAAUGUUUUAUUAACCUGCAGCUCACAUUAAAAGGCAUAGUCUUUUGAAGUUCAUAUUUUUGUAGAUAUUCUGAUAAGGAAGAAAUAUUGAACAGCUAUUUUUUUACUUUAGAAUACAAACAGAGUCAAAUUGCAGGACAGUAUUAAAUAUAAUAGAAUGUAAUAUCAUUAUGUACAUAAUGUAAACUCCUAUUGUACUGAGUGAGAUAAACAUGUAAGACUCUCAUAAUAUUUUGUCAGUAUUAUGUUAUGUGAUAACAAACUGUAUUGCAAAGGUAACCUUGUGGUCCUCAAACUGUGUAUGGCUUUUAACACCAAUAAAAGCCCCUGAGAGCCAGUGAACUAAACACUUUAAUGUUUGACAUUUUGAUGCACCUAAAGAUUUGGUAGUAAAACAUUUAACAUACCCAAUAGAAAAUUUAAAAAAGUUAGUUAAAGACACUACUGUGUUUUCAAGAAAAAAGAACUAAAGAGAAUAGUUUUCACAAUAAAAAGAAAGUAAUGUGCACAGUUUCUGAACCACAAGGAGUAAUGUAAAUGAAUGACUGUGUAUCUUUGAUGUAUAUGAAUGCUUCCACUUUUAUAUAUUUUUAAAUGCCAUUUUCUACUGUCCUGUAGGAUGAAGAAUUUAUAUGACAAACAUGGUAUGUUGUUUUGUUUAAAACAAUUACGAUGCAGUCUUUCGUAAGAAUGAGAUUAUUGUCUUGUUUGAUACUACUUGAGAACUUGUAAAUAAUGUAAAUCUUAUGGUUUGGACCUAGACAGAUAGUAUAAAUAUCUGUGUUAUCAUUUUGAAUAGUUUAAUAUUAUAAUUUAUGUGCUUGUGAAUUUUUGUCUGUUUUUGUUGGUGAGAUGUUUUAUCUCCUUCUGAAGGCUGAACAAGAAAUAUCAUUUAUGUAGCAUUCCACAACAGUUUUUAAGUGAACGAUCUGAUGUGUACAUUAUCUGUGUAACUGAUGAUAAUUUCUCAUCAGUUGUUUAUCAUUUAUUUUACUUGAGGCAGCUAUAUCAAAAAUUGGGAAUAAAGUUUUACAUCAUGAA